AUGGGCUGCAACGUUGUCGUCUUCUCAGGUUUAGAUGACAAAAGGAGCGAAGCGAUGCAGCUAGGCGCCACCGAAUUCAUCACUACUGGAGGGAAAUCUGGAAUGUGCGUGCACCGUCUGGUAGAUGCCCUCCUUGUUACUACCCCAGUACUUCCAGAGUGGACUACCCUGCUCCCGGCUCUCAACACCAACAUGAAGAUCUUCCCUUUGGCCGUGUCGCCAGAUGACUUUAAGAUUUCGCAAAUGCUGUUAAAUGCCAAGGGCAUCACUGUGCAGGGCUCCGUCAUUGCGCCAAGGUCGGUGCUGAAGAACAUGCUCAUGUUCUCUCGGCCCAGCAUAAAAUCAAGCCGAUUACUAUGCUUUUUCCAAUAA